UGCAUACACAGGCAACCUCUGAAGAAACUGCAUCACGUCGAAUGCUCGAAGGGACUGAAAUCGAUGUUGGUCAAACCUCCCAGCCGUGUGAUUUUAUAUGUCAGGGAUGCGUCACGCCUACUUCGCUGCCCAAAGUGGUGCUCUUCGGAUGGUCCUUCAGGCGACCGAAAGAGCCGCAAGCCGGGAAACCCCCCAGAAACGAAUAAGGGAGCUGAACAACACUGCAGCCGCAUAGUUCAGGCCCAGACCCGGAAGAAAUGGUCAAGGCCCCUCUCUCAAGGGAGACACGGUUGUAUCGAUCCGAAGACCCGGCGCACUCUCCACAGACUCGGGUUCCUUGCAGCAGAAGUGGCUUUAUUGGACCUGAGAAUCCCACGGUGAUAUCUACUACAUACCGCCACGCUCGCCCGGAUCCGGGUCUCGCAGUUGCGCUUCUCUUCAGCCGAGAGCGGUGGUUAGCGACUUCUGCACAGUCACUGGCUGACGAGGUUUGGAACCUGCGUGCCAGGGUUGAUUCGGCGACCGUCGUGGAGGGUGUCGCUGCGGACUGUCAUUGGCCGGCCCGCCUGGCGACCACACUUGAACCCACACGAUCAACCCAGCUGGCUUGCCCUCUGCUUCUUCUCUUCAUCUUGUGACGACGACCUCCGCGGGCGAAAUAACCUUGAUCCUCUGUCCUCCAGUCAUUGCGCGUGGUGCCUGCCUGGCAUGACAUGGAAGAGAAAGAAUUUUUAUCCUUGGAGGCAUCCACAGCGAAAUUACCUUUUUUUUUUUUUUUGCCUUUUUCUCUCACGGCGAAAGAUGCCUGGGAUGUUAAGCUUAGAAUGGCUGAUGUUUUAACCUUGCCUUGAUUAUUCGAUGCUCCGUAAUGGUGUACACUCCUGCACUCAUGCCGAAUAGAAGGACGUUGAGCUGCCCUCUGUCGGAUUGGUCAAACUUGAUCAUCCUGCAGGUAUUGCUUCUUUGAUGUUCUUCUUCCAUGUGAAUCAAGAUUUUCUUGUCUUGACA